AUGGCUGAAUACUCCUUCGAGGAGUAUUCAACGUCUUCUCACCGCCCUCGUGUCCCUCGCCGGCGCCACCACCCUACGCCGGUGAUGUCGCAGCACCAAUCUCCCUUAUUUUCAUUCUCCAGCUCUUACAACUUCUCUCAAUACUACCCCACUCCAACUAGACCCCGAAAUAUCAUUCCUUCCACUCCUUUUGCCUCCGACGAUGACACUUCAUGGCAAGGCGAGCUUUCAUGGCAGUUUGGAUCAUCUGGUUGGCGGGAGCACUGCAACCUCGGCGCAGCACUGAGCCCAUGGGCAGCAAGUGCGACCAGCACACCCACCGUUGCUAGUCGGAUAUUCCGGCGAACGGCCAACGACUAUUACCUGUCUCGUACUACUGGUGAUUUUCAUAGCUUCGCCAAUCCGUUUUACGAGUAUUCUAAUUCGGGCAAUGAUGCAUUGCCGUUGGCGAGGCUUGAGCUCCAGAGCUAUGUGGCUACAGAAAAUGAUAAUUCAUUCGCCGGAAGGGGUUACACUUCCGGUGAAUAUAGCAAUGUACGCAAGUUCAAAAGUUUAUCAACCAUUAAAGAGAGCAGCACGGGAAACAAUGGUCCUCUGGCUGAUAAGGAUGAGCUAAGUCUGAUUGAUUAUGACACUCAAGAAGAUGCAGAACGUCAAUUACGCUUAUGGGAAACACACCCAAAUCGCCAACGAAAUCAGGAUCCACGAUUGUUUUCUUCUGUAUCACUCUCUCAUGUAGAUGCUGAUACAGAGGAUGUCAGGGAUGGUGGUCAUGCUCAUCAUAAUCAUCUUCAUGGGGUGCUGCAUGAUCACAGCAGGCACGGUGAUCAACAUCGUCAUGACAUGUCGCAUGAUCAUGGAAUAUCACAUGGCAGUCAUGGUCGUGUUGGGCAUCAUAUUGGGCAUAACAGGGAUAAUGCUGAUAGUGGAUUGAGAAGUUAUGAACAUGGUUAUGAAAAACAUAGCCAUCAUGUUCAUGAUGCUAGGCAUUCGACUAGUCAUCACUAUAGGGGUGACAUUGGUGAGGAAUCAACACAGGAUGAAGAAGAAGAAGAUGAGGAGGACAUUGAUGUUGGGGCACCACAGUCAGUUGGGCUCUUUGGCUUAUUCAAGUAUUCAACAAAGUUUGAUUUGAUUCUUGUGAUGUUGGGUUGUUUGGGAGCUCUGAUAAACGGAGGAUCUCUUCCUUGGUAUUCUCUUCUUUUUGGGAGAUUUGUGAACAAGCUUGCCAUUGGACCAAACAAUGACAAUGACCAUAUGAUGAGGGAGGUGGGAAAGGUAUGUCAGCUAAUGGCUGGAUUAUCAGCAAUCGUUGUGGUUGGAGCAUAUAUGGAGAUCACUUGUUGGAGAAUGGUGGGGGAGCGAUCAGCUCAUCGAAUAAGAAUUCAGUAUCUAAGAGCAGUUCUGCGGCAAGACAUUGGUUUUUUUGACACAGAAAUAAGCACAGGUGAUAUCAUGCAUGGAAUUUCAAGUGAUGUUGCACAAAUCCAAGAAGUGAUGGGCGACAAGAUGGCACAUUUCGUUCAUCACAUAUUUACUUUCAUCUGUGGUUACAUUGUCGGUUUUUUGAAAUCGUGGAAAGUUGCUCUGGCAGUUUUUGCAGUCACACCAUUAACUAUGUUCUGUGGUAUUGCCUACAAGGCUGUAUAUGGUGGCCUAACUGCUAAAGAAGAGGACUCUUAUAGGAGGGCUGGUAGCAUUGCACAGCAAGCCAUCAGUUCCAUCAGAACUGUGUUUUCUUUUGUAGCAGAGGAUCAUUUAGCCGCAAGAUAUGGUGAAUUAUUGAAGAAAUCAGCACCAUUUGGGGCAAAGAUUGGGUUUGCUAAAGGUGCAGGAAUAGGAGUUAUAUAUUUGGUUACUUAUGGGACAUGGGCAUUGGCUUUCUGGUAUGGAUCAAUUUUGGUUGCCAACGGAGAGAUCUCUGGAGGUGCAGCAAUUGCUUGUUUCUUUGGUGUCACUGUAGGGGGAAGGGGUUUGGCAUUGUCACUAUCAUAUUUUGCGCAAUUUGCGCAAGGAACCGUAGCAGCUAGCCGAGUUUUUGAAGUUAUAGACAGAGUCCCAGAGAUUGAUCCGUACAGUCCAGCAGGGAGAAGGCUCUCAACUGUUCGUGGAAAAAUUGAGUUCAAAAGUGUUACUUUUGCUUAUCCAUCUCGUCCAGCUUCUCAAAUUCUCUGUGGUCUGAAUUUAGUAAUUCCAUCUUCGAAGACUCUCGCAUUGGUUGGUUCCAGUGGAGGUGGAAAAUCCACAAUUUUUGCUCUCAUUGAGAGGUUCUAUGAUCCUAACCAAGGUAAGGUUAUGAUCUUUUUAUGGUAA